AUGUCAGGAGGAAAGACCUUAGAGGACUUAAUCAAAGAGCACAAAGACACAGAUGAUCAGCAACAGCAGCCAAUGGAGGUUGACCGUCAUGAAACUACUGAGGAAAAGAAACAGCGAGAGGCCAGGCUCAGAGCUUUUCAAGCCAGAACUUCAAAUCCAAGAACCAUUAAUGACGCAAAGCUGAAGGUGGAAAAGUCCAGUCCUUAUAAGUCCUCUGGAGGGACCCGUGAAAAUAUGAUGGAAGGCAGAGCAAGAGCUCUUCUCAAUAAGAAAAAUCAGCUAGAAGAGUCCAUUCUGAAGAAAGAAAUGCAAGAGAAGAAAAAUCUUGAGAAAAAAAGAGAACUGGAGGAGGAAGCUAAGCUGUAUCGGACGGAAUCCCAAAUAGAAAGAGCCAAUAAGAUGAUCGACAGACUUGGAGAUCCAAACAGAAAUCAAGGUGUAGGAGAAGAUUCAGAGGAGGAAUUAGACCAACCAGAUCCGUUCUUGGAACUCCAAGAGUGAAUCAGUGAGGUCCUUUAUGAAGAAUUUUUGGAUCUUAACCAAGACACACAUAUUAGUUUGAUUGACGAUGAUGACGAUAUUGAUGAAGAUACAUCCAAGAAGGAAGAUGACCAAGAUAUUGUCAAGUUUAUCUUCUCAGAUCUUGGAAGAGUAAUUAGAGCCCAUAAGCAUGUACUUAUCAGUAAAAUGCCUCUUUUUAAAAGUAUGCUCUCUGGAAAUAUGAGAGAAUCAAGUACUAGACAAAUUGAGGUCUUUGAUGCAGAUUUUGAGCCUUACUUCGCAUUUGUUGAGUUUAUCUACACAGGAGCUAUUAAAAAGCUUGAUUCAAACCAUCUGAUUGAACUUCUCGAGCUAUCUGACAGAUUCUGUGCUGAAGAUUUGAGAGAACUUAUUGCAGAGAAGUUGAUUGAAAACCUUGAUCCUGGGACUAUCAAGGACAUCCUUGAGGUAGCUCAUCACUAUAAACUCUCAACCCUCAAGCAAGAAUGUUGGAGAUAUGCGAAGCUAAACCGUACCUCAAUGUCCAGGUAUGGGGUAUUCAAGGUGCUUGACCCCCAAGAUGUUGAGAUGAUCAAAAGAAUAGAUACAUAAUUUCAAUCUCGCUACAAAAUCUU